AAAAGAGGUUUACUGCUGCUGCAAAAGAAGGAGAGGAGAGUUGUGUUUUUGCUGCUGGCCAUUUUCAUUUCGGGAAAAAAAGAAUCGUGACCCUCGCGGAACCUGCAGAACCGCGUUCCGUCGACGCAGUGGCGCGCGUUUGUUUACAUUCCGGGAGUUCGGUGCAGUGUCGUGCGUGAGAAAACCAGAAUCGAGGCCAAAUUCACAACAGUAAAAGCUUGAAAAAAAAGCAGGAAGAGAAAUCCUCUUCCCCUGCCGUGUCUCACUGGACUGCAGCACCGUCCGUCCGACCUCCUCCUCCCCCUCUUGGUGCUGUCAAAAGAGGCCACCACCAGCAGCAACAAAAACAACGCAGCAGAAAUAGUUUUGCCCACUUUUUUUUGUAUCUUCGUCCGUCUCUUCUGUGGACAGAACCGUCGCAGCAUCCCCACUUUAAAGAUGAUCAAACUAUUCUCGCUGAAGCAGCAGAAAAAGGACGGCGAAGCGACGCCCAAGUCCGGCCCGCAGAAGAAGGCCUUCACGGCGGCCCAGCUGCGGAUCACAAAAGACAUUAACGAGCUGAACCUGCCGAAGACGUGCGCCACGGAGUUUCCGGAUCCGGACGACCUGCUGAACUUUAAGCUCAUCAUCUGCCCGGACGAGGGCUUCUACAAGGGCGGGCGGUUCGUCUUCAACUUCAAGGUCGGUCCCAACUACCCGCACGAGCCGCCCAAGGUCAAGUGCGAAACGCAGGUGUACCACCCGAACAUCGACCUCGAGGGCAACGUGUGUCUGAACAUCCUGCGCGAGGACUGGAAGCCGGUGCUGACGAUCAACUCGAUCGUGUACGGGCUGCAGUAUCUGUUUUUGGAACCCAACCCGGAGGAUCCGCUGAACCGGGAGGCGGCCGAGGUGCUCCAGACGAACCGACGUCUCUUCGAGCACAACGUGUUUAAGGCGAUGCGCGGCAGUUACAUUGGCGAGACCUAUUUCGAGCGCUGUCUCAAGUGAUAUAUAAAUUCGACACUCACUCUAAAAUGUUGCGUUUAUUUAAUUAUUCUUACGAUUGGAGGACGCUAUUACAUAGACUUUAAGUAUAACUAAAUGGAAAAAAAUACACACAAAUUCACACACACACACACGAAGCAGGGCAGUCACAAGUCGAGAAGAGAACAGAACCGAGUGCACGAAAAUUAUUGGACUCUCUCAUCCAAGUACAGAAAGCAGCAAACUAAAUGAAAAUAUCUAUAUUUGUAUCACACAAACAUCAAACGAAAAAAAAAAAACAAACCAUCAGAAAGGAAGUAAAAUAUACCGUAGAAAAUCCCUCGUAACGCUAAAACUAUAGAUCAAGUUUCCUUUUAGGAUUUGUGAGUUCUCCUCUGUCUUUAACUCUAUCUUAUCUGGUGCAUGUUGAGGAUUGUCACCACACCACCACCAUCAACACCACAAUAAAUAAAUAGCCCAGCCAAACUGUGCGCCAAUUGCUAAACCAACACACAAAUUUUACGCUGCAUAAAAUGGUUAAAACAACAAUUUAAAGAUCUUAGUUUAGAGGAAUAUCGAAUAAACCUUAAAUAAAUUCAGUGUAGAGAAAGAAAAACAAACACAAGCGAACGAUCCAACAGCAAAACUAUUUUGAUUUCCUUUCCAUCACUCAAAGUUAAAAGAAGAAAUAGAAGCGAGAAGCGAGAAAACAAAAAGAGCAGCAGCAAAUGUAAAGCAGAAGAAAAAAACAAAACACAACUCGCGUGGUAGUAACGAAUGAAAGUUUUAUGGAUAAUAAUAACUGUACUGAACAAUUAGUGACAAAAGCAGUAAGUCAGAAUUAAAUAUGGAAAAUUUUACCCAAAAAAA